UUCAUUAUCAGUUAAUGAAAGUGAUUUGAAGUUCGAACAGUUCCGUUUCCGUGUAAUUUUUACCACUCAAGAUAGUGAUCUUUUUCUGUUAGUUCGCAAUCAAGACGAUCUUGUACAACGCACACAAAAGGCAAUACAUAAAAGCUUGGUUUAUGCCCCAUGUUGCUGCUGCUGCCAUCGGACCGCUUUACUUUGCUGCUUGAGACACUCGAGCUCUAGGGGUGAUACUGGCUGGCUGGCGGUGCAAGUGUGUGUAUGCAUGCGAGUGUGAUCCGUUUUGAAGUGGACUGAGGAUAAAUAAUAAAGAACCUCACGGAGCGCUACACAACAUGUUCACCAGCAAACAACUCCUUUUCUGGCUGCUCCUCGCCGGAGCUUCGCUCGUGCGUUCCACAGCAGCAUUCGGUGGCUCGGGAGGUCGAUCUGCUGGUUCAUACAAAUAUGGCGAUCUGGCAGCGGCGAACGCUGGCGCUGCCGGCUCAUACGGUCGAGGGGUCCCUCCGCAUCGAUUCUACAUGCCAGCAGGACUCGGUAACCCCGAUGACCCCCAUCGAUACCUCUCGACGACUCCCAGUCAGCAGUCGACAUCAGCCCCGAAGACUAACCGCAUCUCUGCAUGGGGAAUAAUCUCGAUCGUGAUGUUUGUGAUCAUGAUCGGAGCCGGAGCCUACUGGGGCUUUAUCUGUUUUCCUUUGUUCUGUAAAAAGGAGCGAAACUACAACAUGAUGAUGAACAUGUCAACUGCCACCACUGCCACCCCGACCCGAUCGACCGAGUUCGAGAAGCUCGAAAACUAUUGCUCCAAAUCGACGACGUCCAGCCGAAGCAACGACACCGGUAUCAGUAAUAUUUAGAAGCGAAAUGAAUUCCUAUUAUAUAAAUAGUCAGAUCACUUACGAAACAACUCUGACUCUUGCGAACUAUUACUACAGCGAUAGUUAACUGAUAAGCUCUGACCUUAGCUACUACUCUCAAUCAAAGCAAGAAUUUACGCUCUACACCUAAAUACGAAACGCGAACUCUUUGGCUUGCCAUAACAAUUACAAAAUAUUUUUUACAAUUUAGUGAAACAAAACGAAAAAAAACUCGAAACAACUCAAGUGAGACCGAUGUGAAAACUUAGUUUUAAGGAUGCUCGAAUAAGCUCAUUUGCUAGGAGACUGAUGAUCUAACUGAUAGAACAAAACAAACGAGAUAGUAUUACGAAUGUAGUAGACGAAUAUUCUAAAUG